UAUCUUCGCCUGUCACGUGAAAGACCGGGGUUCGAAUCCCCGUUGAAGAGUUCACUUUUUAUACUAUAUAUAUGUAUAUAUUCUUAUUUAUUAGUCACUUAUACUAUUAACUUUAUCUAUUCCUCUUAUAUAUUAUACUUAUUAUACUUAUUAUAUAUAUUAUAUCUAUUCUUACUCUAUACCUUUAUUAUAUUAUUUAUAUUAUAUAUAUUAUAUAUAUUUAUUAUCCUUAUUAUUUUUAUUAUUCCACUUCUUAUCUAUUAUAUCUAUUCUCACUUCUUAUACUUACUACUGUUACAUCUCUUACAUCUCUUACAUUUCUUACAUUUCUUACAUCUCUUACAUCUCUUACAUCUCUUACAUCUCUUACAUCUCUUAUUCCUCUUACUAUACCUACUACUCUUACUACUCUUACUAUACCUACUAUACCUACUACUCUUACUACUCCUACUUUCCCCCUCCCCUUUAUUGUUAAUGGGGGUGUAG